CAGAGAGGCCGAAUCUCCAGCUGAUCGUCAGUGAUUCUCAUCCCAGCACCAUCUCCUCCACCCGAUUCGUGCUGAUCUUUGGGACAAUAAGUCCCUUAGAAUCCAACAUCGGUCUAAAUAACGCGCAGAUAUCAGAACUGGGUUUUAAAGCAUCUUUGGCCGUGUCGUAUCUCGUCGCGCGAGGAUGAUGCCUCUCUGGAUGCAGCGCGUGCAAAUGGAUGCGUGUGCGCGCGCGUGUCCUUGAGUUGAGGACCACCAGCAUUGGAUGUUUCUCCAUCUCACGGCCGAUUGCAUCUUAAGUAAAUGUGUAUUUUUACUCUUUUAUGCGCUGGAGAACACUGCUGGCGCGUCGCCUGUAAUGGAGGAGACGAGAUGAGAAAGUGAAGGCGUGUUUGGAGAGCAGUCUGUAUUUGUGUUGUGAAUCAUCCGUGUUACUGUGAAGAUGCCGAGGAGUUUACGCAGGCUGGUGCACCUGGUGCUCUUCUGUCCCUUGUCUAAGGGUUUACAGUCCCGUUUACCUGCAGUUAAGGUCAAGUACCUGUUGGUGGCGUGGUUUGGGAUUCUGGUGGCCAGCUGGGUGAUCUAUAUGCAGUAUUCCUCUUAUUCGGAGCUCUGCAGAGGACACGUCUGUACCAUGCUCAUCUGUGAUCAUUAUCGCAGAGGUAUUAUCUCGGGAUCGGUGUGUAAGUCUCUCUGCGAGGAGAAAACUCUGUCUCUUCAACGCUGUCUUUCAAUGUCACCGACGCACCAGGUAUACAGUGCUGUGUGGAAGGAGAAAGCUGUAUUGGUAAAGUGUGGGAUUGAAGAGAGCAUGAGAGGAGAAAAUGGUCCUGACUCUCCACUAUGGCAUGAAAACAACCUCUUCGAUAAACCCACCCGCGGAACAUCCAUGGAUGAAUUCAGAGCGAUGCUGCAUUCCUUUCUCAAGGACAGUGUUGGUGAGCAGUCAUCUCUUGGCACUCUUGUAACUCGUGUGAUUUCUCUGGCGGAUGUCAAUGGCGAUGGCAAAGUUUCGUUAGCGGAGGCGAAAUCAGUGUGGGCUUUGCUUCAGAUCAAUGAAUUUGUUUUAAUGGUGGCACUGCAAGAUAAAGAACACGCUCCCCAGUUGCUGGGCUUCUGCGGAGACCUUUACGUGACUGAAGGCGUAGCACACAGCGCCCUCUUCAGGCUGGAGGUGCCUGGUUGGCUGCAGCCAGUGUUUCCUGAGGCACUGAGUGUCGCUCUUAACCAGUGGCUCGCUCCUGCGUGGCCCCGUAGGGCUCGGAUCACCAUCGGCCUGCUAGAGUUCGUCGAAGAGGUAUUCCAUGGUGUAUAUGGAAGCUUCUACAUAUGUGAUGCAAGCCCAAGACGGGUCGGCUACAAUGAGAAAUACGACUUAAAAAUGGCAGACCUUCAAAGCGUAGCAUCGGAGGCAACCGUCAAGGGGUUCCUGCGAGGGAGGACUUGCGAGGCAAACGCCGAUUGCACUUACGGGCGGGAUUGUACUGCAACAUGUGACCGAUUGGCAAGGCAGUGCAACGUGGAGGUGGUGCAGCCCAACUUGGCCAAGGUGUGCGCGCUCCUGCAAGACUUCCUGCUUUUCGGAGCACCAUUGGACCUGAGGGAGGACCUGGAGAAACAGUUACGCACCUGUGUGACUCUCAGUGGACUGGCUUCUCAGAUGGAAGUGCAUCAUUCCCUUGUUUUGAACAACCUCAAAACGUUACUGUGGAAGAAGAUCUCAAAUACCAAGUACUCUUGAGACCAACAUGAUUAUCAAGAGAAAGGCAAUGAAGAGCAAGAGAAUUGGAGACUUCCAGAGAACAAAAGUGGGGUCAGUAAAGUAGGUUCUGGGGUGCCAACAGAAUAGCUGAACUCUGACAGCAACUACGGACUUCAAAUUUGUCGAACAUCAAUUGCGAACAUGGGAAGUUGGUGAAUGGAAGUUCUGAAAGGGCAUAAACUACAUCCCCACCCUCUGUUUUACUUCAACAACUCAAUUGAAGAACCUUUAACCUUAUAGAAACGCCUAUAGAAGAUUUUUUUCUUUGCCCAAAAGGUUCAAGGUGAAGACUGUUCAAUAGGAACAAAGAUAAGUGAAGACAUUUUUCUGACAUGCAGCUCCUUCCCAAAUGAGUUCUUUUUGGUGAACUUUUGGUUAAGGAUCUGGGCUGCAAGCACAAGGAUAGUAGGGCUAGUUCCUAGUAGAAGAAACCCAAGGGAAGAGGUCUUGCUCUACAACCCCAUUCUCUUUUACUUUAGUGACUCAACUGAACACCCUUUAAUGCUAAUAGAAAAACCUUCGGAACAAUCUCUUUCCUUUUGCCGAAAUAUCCAAGGUUAAGUAAGACUUAAUUGGAGAAAACCAACUGUAGGGCAUUUCUUUGACCAUGUAUCCCCUUCCCAAAUGAUAUAUUGAGCUCUGCUUGGUGUACUUGUGGGUAAGGAUCUGGGUUGCAAGCACAAGGAUAAUAGGGUUAGUUCCAAGAAGUAACCCAUGGAAAGGAGAGUUUCAGACAGGACUGUC